AAAAACACGUUUGUAUAAGUACUAUUAGAAAAAGUGUUCUUUUCUAAAAAAAAAAAAUAUUGUUACUGUUAAAAAGCAUCGAGAUGAAAUUUGAAUUUUUUAAUAUAACAAAUAAAAUACAAUCAUUAGAAAAUUUACUUUGCUAAAAUAAAGAAAGAUUAAUUUUUAUUUUAUCUAAUGUGAAGAAAAAUGGAACCACUUGAAAUUUUGUGUAUAAUAGCGGGAAUUUUUCUCCUACUCUAUUUAUAUAGUAAGUCGACUCAUGAUUUUUGGAAAAAUCAAGGUGUCAAUGGGCCAAAACCAACACCACUUCUUGGCAAUUUCACGGAUCUUAUGCUAAAUCGAAUUAGUGUGGGUGAUUAUACAAAAAAACUUUACGAUGAAUUCAAUAGUGAACCCAUGAUUGGAAUAUUUGCUAGACGAACGCCAAUUUUACUUUUAAGAGAUUUAGAUCUAAUAAAGGAUGUGUUAAUUAAAGAUUUUAAUAAAUUCGCCGAUCGAGGAUUGGCAUUUAAUGAGAAAGUUGACAUUUUAUCACCACAUUUAUUUACACUUGAGCCUGAACGAUGGCGACCAUUACGUAGAAAUUUGUCACCAGUUUUUACAUCCGGCAAAUUGAAGGAAAUGUUUCAUUUACUUGUAGAAACAUCGGAACAUUUGGAACAAUAUUUAAAUAAAGUGGUAAUUGAAAAUGAACCAAUUGAAUGUCGAACAUUAACGUCAAAAUUCACUGCUGAUGUGAUUGGUUCUUGUGUUUUUGGAAUAGACAUAAAUGCAUUGUCAAAUGAAGAAAAUGAAUUUAUUCGAAUGGGACGAAAAAUUUUUGACUUCAAUUUUUGGAAAACUGUCAAAUUUAGAUUAAAUACCAUUACCCCAUGGUUGUAUGGAUUACUUGGACCAAUUUUAGCUGAUCGGGAGACAGAUAAUUUUUUUGUUAAUUUAAUCAGGGAUACUAUGCAGUACAGAAAGGAGAAUAAUAUUGUUAGGCAUGAUUUCAUUGAUUUAUUGAGAGAGGUGAAGGAAAAUCCUGAUCGAUUAGGUGAUCUUGAAUUGACUGAUAGUUUGAUAGCAGCUCAAGCUUUUGUAUUUUUUAUUGCCGGCUUUGAAACAUCGUCAACGACAAUGAGUAAUGCAUUAUAUGAACUUGCAUUAGCUCCUUCAAUUCAAGACAAAUUGCGUAAAGAAAUUCAAAAUGAAUUCAAAAUAACAGAAGGCAAAUUAUUAUAUGAUAGAAUAAAAAAUCUUAAAUUUUUACACAUGGUCUUCCAAGAAACUUUAAGAAAAUAUCCAGUAGUAACAGUUCUUAUGAGGAAAGCAACAGAAAAAUAUACAUUUUCUGGUUCUAAUGUGACUAUUCCAAAAGGGCAAAAAGUGUGGAUUCCAGCUUAUGCCAUUCAACGAGAUCCAAAUAAUUAUCCUGAUCCUGAAACUUUCAAUCCACAGAGAUUUAGUGAAGAAGAAGAAGUAUCACGACAUCCCAUGUCAUUUUUACCAUUUGGAGAUGGUCCUAGAAAUUGCAUUGGUGCAAGAUUUGCUGUUUAUCAAACUAAAGUUGGAUUGAUGAAAAUACUCAAUAAUUACAAGGUGGAUGUCUGUGAGAAAACUUCCAUUCCUUAUGUUAACCAUAAAAGUUCAUUUCUUCUACAGCCUAAGGAUGGGAUUUAUCUCAAAUUUCAAAAAAUAACUUAAUUUGUAACAGUUAUGAAAUUUUAUAUGUAAAAAGAUUUAUUAUAAGGAACAUGUUUUUUUAUGAAUAUCUAGGACAAUAAAAAAGUUACGAUAA